CCUUGAGCUGAUUUUAUCCACACAAGCUAGAGAGAGAAGAGAGAGACUGAGAGAGAGGAGAGAGAGAAUUCCAUUGAAAAAUCAGCAGGGAGGUGCAGGAGUUAGUGAGAGAGAGUUCCAUUGAAGAAAAUCAGUUGGGUGGUGCAAGAGGUGGUGUUCAUUGGCAAUGGCGCUCUCUCAAGCUGCCCCAGCCCUUGCUUUCUUCCAUGGCAGUUCCUACUUAGACAGUAGAGUGAAGCCCUCCCUUCUCUUGUUUUCAGGCAGUAUUGGAUCUCAAAGUUAUUUAUUUGAAGUUACCUUUCCCCCAAGAAAAUCUACUACUGCUUGUGUACCAAGAAAAUCAUUGUCCUUAACUCCUAAGUGCUCUACUUCAUCCCCUGACGAUGUCAAGGAAGACUCUGAAGGGGCCUCCGAGCAGACCAAGGUACCAUUUGGAUACACUCGGAAGGAUGUGUUGCUUAUAGGCCUUGGUGUUACUGUGGUUGGUGUUCUGUUGAAGAAUGGGUUAGAGUUUUUUGGAGUAGAUUCUUUGAAAGCAGGAAAUGUGGUUCAGUUGGUUUUGGUUCUGGGCCUCACGGUGGGAUGGAUCGGUACUUACAUAUUUAGAGUUUCGAAUAAAGAUAUGACUUAUGCGCAACAACUGCGUGAUUAUGAGAACAAAGUCAUGCAGAAGCGACUGGAAGGACUCACAGAAGCAGAGAUAGAAGUACUUUUGGAGCAAGUUGACGAAGAGAAACAGCGUCUAGCAGCCAGCGAACAGCUUAAGUGAUGUUUGUCAUAUAGUUCUUAGUGCUUUAUUUCUUAUGCUCUUGUUAAUGAAUAUAAUGUACAGAUGUUUAAGUUUAUGAAUCAUUACACAAAGUCAGUGAAAACUAUUUGUUGAGAGAA